AUAUGUAUUUAUGUGGUGAAAGCCAUAUCAGCUGAGCGAAGCGCCCUCAGCAGCGUGCUCGGUGUUGAGCGGAGCAGCCGCCAGCGCGCGUGGGGCAACCCGAAGCGAAUUCCACGUCCCUCGCUGUGGCAAGCGCCGCGUGAGGCCGAGCGCGUCACCCACGGAGCUGCCGUGACCGGAGCGAGGCACCUCCGCAGGGCCGCGAGCAGCCGCGCAGCGCCUCACGCGCUCUCCUUGCUUCACAGGCAAAGCAACAGCUCUGUGCUCCGCUCCAGUUCCCCAACGACAACGUCGCAGAUUAUGGCCAGGAAGAAGAGGAGAGGGAUUAUAGAGAAAAGGCGCCGUGAUCGUAUAAAUAACAGUUUAUCUGAGCUGAGGCGGCUUGUGCCAACUGCUUUUGAAAAACAAGGAUCUGCCAAAUUAGAAAAAGCGGAAAUAUUGCAAAUGACAGUGGAUCAUCUGAAGAUGCUUCAGGCGACUGGAGGUAAAGGUUAUUUUGAUGCUCAUUCGCUGGCCAUGGACUUCAUGAGCAUUGGUUUCCGGGAGUGCUUGACUGAAGUCGCCAGGUACUUGACCUCGGUGGAGGGCCUGGACACAUCGGACCCACUGCGCGUGAGGCUGGUGUCCCACCUGACGCGCGCUUUCCGCCGCUGGACCACGUGGCGCUGGGCGUCCUCCCAGCUCAGCGAGGGCCAUGCCUGCGCGCACAGCCUUACAGACGCCCGCAGGGGCGGCCGAGGGGCAGCGAAGCCCGUCCCGGCUCCGGCGUCAUGGGCGGAGGACACGGGUGAUGCGUUUGUCUCGUUUCGUUUUGCUUCAGGCACCUGGAGGGAGCAGCGGGGCCUUCAACAGCGCCUUGCCCGUACCAGCACAUAG